AUGGGUUUUCAAAGUCAAGUUCUUCCUGAAUAUGUGUGUAAGCUUCGAAAGGUGCUUUACGGUUUAAAGCAAGCUCCUAGGGCCUGGUACGGCAAGAUUUCAGAGUUUCUUGUUUACAAUGAUUACUCGGUGGCACCAUCAGAUUCUAGCUUGUUUGUCAAAGCUAAAGGACAAAUUGUUCGUAGUGGAGAGGGAAUAUUUCUGCAUCACCAUAAAUAUUCUAGAGAUCUGCUUAAGAGGUUUGGCAUGUAUAAUUGUAAGCCGAUCUCCAUGCCGAUGGAAUUGAAUGCGAAGCUCUGCGGACAUGAGGGGAAAGGUUUGGAGGAUGCCACGGUGUACAGGCAGCUAGUAGGUAGUAUGAUUUAUCUUACCUUAACAAGGCCUGACUUGUCCUUUGCAGUUGGCGUGAUGAGUCGAUACAUGCAAAAUCCGAAGAAACCUCAUUUGGAAGCGGCUCAGAGAAUCUUAAGAUAUGUUAAGGGUACUCUUGGUCAGGGUGUUAUAUACAAGAGAAGUGGAGGUAACACCUUAGCUGGCUAUUGUGAUGCGGAUUAUGCAGGAGAUUGUGAAACUCGGCGUUCAACAACUGGCUAUGUAUCUAUGCUUGGGUGUGGAGCGGUUUCAUGGUGUAGCAAAAGACAACCAAGAGUGUCUUUGUCAACAACAGAAGCAGAGUACCGAGCCGCAGCAAUGGCAACGCAAGAGAGCACUUGGUUGGUGCAGUUGUUAAAAGAUUUGCAUCAACCAACUGAGUAUUCAAUCCUUUGUACUGUGACAACUUGUCAGCAGUAUGUUUGGCAGAAAAUCCAGUGUUUCAUGCUAGAAGUAAGCAUAUUGAAGUGCAUUACCAUUUUAUCAAGGAGAAAGUUCUCAAGGGAGAUGUAG